UCAUUCAUUCCUAUGUUACUCAGAGUCUGAUUAUUGAUAUGAGAAACGGGACGACAAUAUUGGAGAAGAAGUUAGAGUCGAGGCAUACAAUGGUUUCAGCGAAAGAAUGCAUACCUCAGCUCAUCAAAGGAGAAACGAUUCGAUUGGAGGGAUAUCUAUUCAAACGGACGUCAAACACGUUCAAGACAUGGAAUCGUCGCUGGUUUAUAAUACAAGACCACCAACUCGUCUAUCAAAAGCGAUCGCAUGAGAGGGAACUCACAAUUAUGGAGGAAGACCUCAGACUCUGUACUGCAAAACCCGUCCAAUUCAUGGAACGGAGGUUUUGUUUUGAAGUUCUUUCGCCUUCAAAGAGUCAUAUACUUCAGGCCGACUCCGAGGAAACGUGUCAGCAGUGGAUCAGUGCUAUGCAGGCCGGCAUCGAUGCUGCGUAUAAUCACAACGACGCGGCCGUUGAUAUACAAAGUGUUCACUCACAGGACUCGUGGGGUACGGCCUCAAGUAAUUCCAGUGCCAAUAAGUCCUCCAGUUUUAACAACUUAUUGUCCGCAACUGAUGGCAGCUGUGGUGGAGGUCCGCCCCCAGCAAAACCCCCUCGCGUUACUUACACCCAAAUCCUGGCCAUUCCUGGCAACGAGUUUUGUUGCGAUUGUGGUGCAGCGGAUCCCAAGUGGGCGAGCAUUAAUAUCGGUUCCACUCUUUGUAUUGAGUGCUCUGGUAUUCAUCGCAGUUUAGGCGUACACUUAAGUAAAGUGCGAUCUCUGAAUCUCGAUGCCUGGGAUCUCGAACUCAUUAAAGUGAUGUCUUCUUUGGGCAAUACUAUUAUCAACACUAUAUAUGAGGCAAAGGUAGACGAAUCAGUGGCCCAAAGAGCAAAAAGCGACUCCGAUCGCACUCAACGAGAGCUUUGGAUUAAAGCAAAAUACGUUAAAAGGGCUUUUGUUGAUAAAUUAGAAGUUGAUCUGUUAGCCACAAAUGAACAACAAUUGCCACUUUCAUCAACUGAUUCAACCAUUAUCUGUGAUCAUAAUAAGAGCGGCGAACAAAUUGAACCAAAUGUAGACAACGAAUCACACAAUACUUUUAAUUCUACUUUAAGUUGUGUACAAAUGAGUGAUACGACUGUUAAUAAAUGUGACAAUAUUUCUCAAAUGUCAGACAAAAGAAAUGAAGAAUUGGUCGAAAGUGAUUCAGAAGAGUCAGACUCAGAGGAAUCGACAAAAUUGAUUCUAUCGGACAAUACAUUAAAAAAUGUGACCCAAAAUUGUGAUAACAAUUGUCAUACUGUGAGCGACGAUAAACAAGUUGUAACUUUGGGUCGAGAUUACGAUAAAAGUGUUGUGGAAAACAAUUCUUCUAUCAAACCCAUGCCAAGCGGUGAUAACAAUGAAGUUUAUAACUUAAUGCUUUAUAACGCGGCCAUUGAUUGCGAUGUGAAGGUAAUGUGUGAGGCAUUAGCCAAAGGGGCGAUCAUUAAUUGGCACAAUGCGGACGAUGAGAAUCGGACAGCUUUACAUCAGGCAAUCAGCAGCGAUCGCGUCACUCCAUGUGAAUAUCUGUUAUUAAACGGCGCCAAAUCAAAUGUUGCCGACCAUAAGGGCACCACACCAUUACAUUUGGCCACUCAGAGGGGCAAUACUGGUCAAGUAUGUCUACUGUUAAAACGUGGCGCUGACCAGAAGUGUACCGAUAGUGAUGGACACAACGCUCUCUCCAUUGCUGUUAAUAAUGCGAACGCAGAUAUCGUUACGCUUUUAAGACUCGCGAAACUCAACGAUGAAAUGAAAAACGACGACGAAUUUGGUAAUAUUAGUGACGAGACAUUCAAUGAAGUGGUUCGCGAUUUCACACAACUGGCCGCUCAGUCGCCCGAAAAGUUGCGCAGAAAUACUAUACAACCAGAACCCAACUCAUGAAACAGUCAUGUCAUGUCAUAUUUGAUCAUUUAUUUCAAACACUUAUCUAAUGUCC